GUCAUGGACCAGGCCCUACUCCCGCACGACUACAUCAGUCCUGAGAUUUUGCGUAAUGCACUCUACGGCAAAUGGUGUAAUGUCUUGGGCCAGGGGCUCACACGAGAUAACAAGGCUGCAACGGCGGAACUUCUGGAACGGAAAAAGGGUAUGCCAAUGCCACCGCAGGUUUCCCUAUGCCCCUCCUCGCUCCCCGGCUCGGCCAUCGGCGUCUUCUCAACAGACUGGAUCAAAGAGGGAACGGAAAUGGGACCCUACACUGGACGUAUAGUGCGCCCUCAUGAGGUGGCUACCGACAGGGACAAUCAGUUCAUGUGGGAGGUAUUUGACGAGCAGGGGCGGCUGAGUCACUUCGUAGACGCGUCAGACGAGACGCUACAGACGUGGAUGUGUUACGUCAAUUGCGCCCGCAACGACCAGGAGCAAAAUCUGGAAGUGUUUCAGACGGGAUCCGACAUUUACUACCGCGCUGUCAAGACUAUCCCGCCAGACCAGGAGCUGUUCGUCUACUACGGCAGUGCCUACGAUCUCUUCAUGAACAGCAUUCCAAUCGGCCUGGCCUCACCGGAACACAAAAAUAACGGCAGCGUCAAGCUAGCUGGCUCUGAGGAUCUUGCUAGUGCCACCGACCAUCAGUCUAACUCAGCAGGCCGUCUCCACUGUGUUGUCUGCCGUAGGGGGUUCAACUCCCGCAGUAACCUCCGGUCCCACAUGCGAAUCCACACACUGGAUAAACCAUUCGUGUGUAAGUUCUGUCAUCGUAGAUUCAGCCAGUCGUCCACACUUCGGAACCACGUCCGUCUGCACACAGGUGAGAAACCGUACCGAUGUAACGUGUGCCACAGUGCUUACUCCCAACUCGCCGGACUCCGGGCUCAUCAGAAGAGCGCCCGGCACCGUCCCCCUGCCGCCCCGGUCAACCAGCAGUCCCAACAACCCCUGACAUUCCACCAACCGGACCACACCACAUCCAAGAUCCCACAGAGCUAAAAAUGGAAAGAAAGUUUAACUUGAAACAUACAAAAUGAUGUGGUCUACAAUAGUUUUAUGCUUGGCCCGAUUUCAUACAGCUGCUUAAGCACAACAAGUAGCUAAGCACAAUAAAACUAUUGCCCAACGGAAUAAGGCGCCACAUAAUCUCCUGCCACAGCAGACUUCGUAAGGAUAUGAAGAUAAUAAGUUGUGUACACUGCCUUGUUUUUGCUCCUUGCCCUUUUCAAGGGUUGUCCAUUAAGACAUUUUGGUUCUACAAAAUAAGUAUAGCAAGCCGUGUUCUGUGAAGCAUUAUUUAUUCCAACUACUUAUUUAAAAACAACUGUUUUUGUUAUAGCCCAAAGUGUACAACCCGCAAAAGAUAAACUUGUCAUUGUCUUUGGCUGGGUUUCCCCUAAGUUUCCAGCUUUGAAGUCUGAUCUGUUUCUUGAAAACUGGAGAGUGACUUAUGAAUAAGAACACAACAUAACUUUUUAUUAUGCUACAAUUUUUAUUUAUUAUUUAUUAAAGUAAAAAAUGAUAAUUAUGUUCGAAACUAAUAUAUACAAUUUUAUGUCAUUACUCAACCAAGAAUUCAAGCCGAUCAUUGUUACUUUGGCAACAAACUCAGCACUAAAUUUUCUAAAUAUUAUUUAAAACUGACGCACGAUAUAUUUUCUGAUUCUGUGAGGGCAUUUUGGAAGUGAAAGUUGCCGUAAAAUAAGAGCUAGGACUAUUUUAGCAAUGUUUAUAUUUAUUUUAAUUUAUUUUUGAGUUCCCGCAAACGUGUCAAAUGCUAUGCCAAGCAUCAUAUGUGCUUAAUCAGGAUACUAAGU